AUGUUCUCCCCACCCGCCCCCCUCCCGGAAACAGACACGGAGGAUGCUAGUGAAACUGACCUGGCAAAGCAUGAUGAAGAAGACUAUGUAGAAAUGAAGGAACAGAUGUAUCAGGACAAACUGGCUUCUCUCAAGAGGCAGUUGCAACAACUACAAGAAGGUACAUUACAGGAAUACCAGAAGAGAAUGAAAAAACUAGAUCAGCAGUACAAAGAGAGGAUACGGAAUGCAGAACUCUUCCUCCAGCUGGAAACUGAACAAGUGGAACGAAAUUACAUUAAAGAAAAGAAGGCAGCAGUGAAGGAAUUUGAAGACAAGAAGGUUGAGCUGAAAGAGAACCUGAUUGCUGAGCUAGAAGAAAAGAAGAAAAUGAUUGAAAAUGAAAAGCUGACAAUGGAACUGACUGGAGAUUCUAUGGAGGUGAAACCUAUCAUGACCAGAAAGUUGCGGAGGCGGCCAAAUGAUCCCGUCCCCAUCCCAGACAAGAGGAGGAAACCUGCUCCAGCCCAGCUAAACUAUUUGUUAACAGAUGAACAGAUCAUGGAGGAUCUGAGAACAUUAAAUAAGCUUAAGUCACCCAAGAGACCAGCAUCUCCAUCCUCUCCUGAGCACUUGCCUGCGACACCCGCGGAAUCUCCAGCCCAGAGGUUUGAAGCUCGGAUAGAAGACGGCAAACUGUACUAUGACAAAAGAUGGUACCACAAGAGCCAGGCCAUCUAUCUGGAGUCAAAGGACAACCAGAAACUGAGCUGCGUGAUCAGUUCUGUAGGAGCCAAUGAGAUCUGGGUGAGGAAGACAAGUGACAGCACCAAGAUGAGGAUCUACCUGGGCCAGCUUCAGCGUGGGCUCUUUGUGAUCCGCCGACGCUCAGCUGCUUGACUUUCUGCAGUGCUCUUCUCUUGACCCUUUUUCUGGAGUGGGUUUUAUUUUGUUUUGUUCUGUUUUGUUUUGUUUUGUUUUCUUAAUAGAAAAAUGUUAACUUCCGGGAAUAGCUACUCAGCCUUGGAAAUGGAGAGCACUGUCGUGGAUUCCUUAAGACACUUUUGUGGCUGGUCACUUCCAGCUUUGUCAGUCUUUUCUGCCUCAACUUCUUCCAGAGAUCGGUCACCAGGAGACUAUUUUACUUUCAGGAGUGUUGGGGGUUUGAUUUACUUUCCUUUUAUUUCCUUAUUUUUUGCUUAUACUUGUUUUUGAAAACCUCUGAGUUUGAAGGGACAGCUGUUUCUAUUAAUUAUCUUUAGGUCUCUCUAUCAUGGAGAAGAGCAGGAAGGGAUACACUCUCCAGUGCAUUUUCAUGUUUUGAAUCUGAUUAGUGGAUUACGUAGCUACUUUCCCCGUCGAGCCCAAUUCACUAUUUCCCCAGAAGCUUGGGGCAGAGGUCCUAGCAGGAGGAGAUGAAGUCUCCUGGCUCUCAGCCUUCUCGGACAAAUAAAUGCUUUGUGUGACAUCUGGCGCAUGCCAUCCAUUCCACUGGCUGAGUGAUGGAAAACCUUGCCUGGGAGACUGACUAUGUGCACUGAAGUAAAUGGGGUUUGGGGAGGGGACAUUUCAUAUUUAUAAUGUGCUGAAGGUACCAUAUUUUAAAUGUUAUUUAAUGCAGGUGAUUUAUUCAAACAUUCGUUCUAGCUUAAGCUGGAAUAAGAAGUGGUCAUUUCAGAAGUUUUCAUUUGGAAUUCCUUCCUCUCCCUUGUUCCCAAGUUGGCAGUAGUAGUAGGUGCCAUAGGCUGAUUAUCUGGGUAAUCUCUUAUGGGUGGGAGGUGAGUUUGAUAGUGCAAUAAUCAGUGAUCUGUAGACCCUCAUGCACGAUUCAAGUUUCAUUCUUGUGGCUGAUGCCAUUAUUGUACAUUGGCCAUUCCAAACCUGCGGAGAACUUUGUUGUCAGUUCCUGAGCACUCAUAGCUUCAUUUGGCCCAGGUUGAAGACAAGGAAAGCUCUGCUGUGGCUGCCUCUGGACUGACACCCUCCUUAAUGAGUCCUGAUGAAACAGCCUUUCCUACAUCCUUCCCUCAUUCCCAUGAUUGGAGAAAUGAUUCAUUGGGUGAUGAGUGUUGGGGUUUUCUGUACUCGUGUUGCCAUCUUGAGAUGUUUAAACAUUUGGGGGUUAGAGCAACUGUUAGCGUCUCUAUGGGCAAUCAGUAGAACUUACACAUUCUAGGAAAUCUUUCUUUGUAAGUAAUUCAUUUGGUCUCAAGUGAUUCUCUUCAUGUUGUCUCUUGAUGUACAUACCCCAUAGCAAGUUGGGGGGCUGUGAUGACAAUUAAAUCACCUUCUCUGAAGUUCUGGCUCUACAGAGACCAAACCUUACUGACUUGUACAAGUAAAGACUUAUACAGAUAGAUUUUUGUUUUAAUUUAUCUGUUUUUUCCUCCUUUUUUUUUUUUCUGGUGUUGGAGUCUUAUUUAGAAAACAGGAUAAAUGACGCUAUUAUCAAAAGUUGCCUGGGGUUCUGUGUUUCUUCUCUGCCCUCCAACCCCCGACUGCUAUGAUGUUUACUACAGUGAACCCAGCCCAUUGUAAACACAGGCUUCACCUGUUCUUGUUUGUUAGCCUUGGCUGUGAGACAGGACUUCCCUGUCUUGAACUGUUACACAUACGAUGUGUAUGUCACGUCGCAUAUCAUGCAGCUGUUGGUUUUCAUGUAGUGCCGUGUGGUGGAAAUUAGAUGUAUUUCAUGUAUUUUUUCAUUGAAGGUGGGGUUUUUCAAUGAUCAUGUGUUUUGUCCUAAACGGUAUACCAAAGUUUGUUUUUAUUGUUGAGGAUUGUAUUGAUAACCACUGGGGUUCUGCAUUGAAGCAGCAACAAGUUGCCUCUUUUUCUGGCCUUCUCUGGUGGGACCUCUGUGCUUUUGUGAAGCAACUAUUUAUUUGAAGACCAGGGUAUGGGCACUUUUGCCUUCUCUCCUCUCUGACUUUUGAGGGUAUUGAGGGCGCCCUUAGUCAUAGUGUCGACUCCACUACUGCCUUCUCGGUGUCCUCACAACCCUUAAUUGGGCCUAGUGAAAAUGGGGGCAGAUGAGAAGUCCAUUUGAGAAUCAGCAUAGUAAAUUACAUUUCUAAUCCCAGAGGACUUAAUCUUUUCUUUUGUCACCCCAGAGGUGAAAAAUCAGCAGUUGAACCGUUCUGACAGGCCUCAGUGGUGACCAGGAACAGAAGCAGCCUUCCUGUUAGUAGAUGGGGUUACUUCUCUGGUGGGCAGAAGCCUAACUAAAGGGGAAAACACACUUUGAGGUUUCUAGAUGAGGAGGAGGUUAGCUUCUAGCCUGGGUGGCCAUUAUUCCAAAAGAUCUUUGUCUCUCACUAGACCCCAGGGCACCAGAUGAAUUUCCAAGUUUAAACUAUAUCCUGCAAGUGAUUACUUUGAAUCAGACCAUUCUGAUCAAGAACCUGUGUAUGUGUUGUGUUAGAGGCAUCUGCCUCAAGUCUGUGUACAGUGUUUGCUGCGGUGUGUUCCAAUAUUCAUUUUAUCUCUGCUUGGAGGUUUUGUGUGUUCCCCUCCCCCCAUGCCCUGCCUACCCCAUUUUCCCUGAACCAUGUCCUCUUGAAUAAUUUCCAGAUGGAUUUCUGUAGCCAUACCAAAGCCAGGGUGUUUUCAUUCAUGCGGAUACUGGUAUUUAUAGAUGUCUGACUACCUAACUUAAUUUUUCUUUUUGAACUGCCAACUGGGGCCAGUGUAAGAUCGAUCCCAGAGGCUGAUCUGCAAAUCAAGCUACAUGUAUUUGUGUAUGAGACCCUGUGUUCAGGACUGGGUGGCUUUUCUAAGAAAUAUGGGGUUUAAAGUGGAGUUGACUGUAUUUUUUAACCUAAUUCUGGAGAGAGGAUUGUAUUUUUUAUGGUUUUUUGGUUUUGGCUUCCUUCUAACAUUUCUUUAGCCUUGAAUUUUUACUAAAUAAAUUUCCUCCUGAUUAAUUUUUUUUUUUUUUUCUCAUCUGCGAAUUUGAAAUCUCGGUGCUUACUGUUACACCAGUUUUUCCAAAGAGUUGAAAUCACUUUAAUGCCAGAACAUGAUAAAUUUGCAGCCAUUUCAAGCAGCUGGUAGUCUUUUUUAUAACAUCGUUAACGGGUACCAUUAAAUAUUCUGAGAGGUGAAUGUAAAAUGUAAAAGGUGUAGGGUUUUUUUUAAAAAAAGAAAACAAUAAACUUUCAAAGAGAAAACCA